AACUUAAGUUCAUACGGUGUGCACGUUACUUUGCGGCCUAUUUCUCAAUUCUUGUGUUAUAACUUAUUUUAAGCCAGUUUUGCCAGUGACAUACUGGUUUUGUGUGAUCAUGAGUAACCUGGAAGUUGAAACAGCAGAUCUUUUAGACAGUGUGCCAGUUUUGCCUAUAGUUAUUGCUGUUGGUUCUACGGUAGUCCUAGCGACGGUGAUAGCUAAUUGUCUAUGGGGCAAGAAGAAGGCCAAAAGCAAGAACCCGGUGACCCUUGUGGAUCCCAAUGCGAAAUACGCACUGCCGCUCAUAGAACGAGAGGAGAUCAGUCACGACACACGACGGUUCCGGUUUGGAUUGCCAAGCAAAGAUCAUGUAUUAGGUUUGCCCAUAGGACAGCACAUCCACUUAUCAGUGAAGCUGGCUGAUGAUCUGGUCAUCAGAGCAUAUACCCCUGUGUCCAGUGAUGAAGAAAAAGGAUAUGUGGAUCUGGUUAUUAAGGUGUACUUCAAAAAUGUGCACCCGAAAUUCCCCGACGGCGGCAAGAUGUCCCAACACUUGGAAAACAUGAAGCUCGGAGAAACGAUCGACGUGCGGGGACCCUCAGGGCGUCUGCAGUACGUCGGCAAUGGCCAGUUCCUCAUAAAGAAACUUAGGAAGGACCCGCCUACCAAAGUGGUUGUUAAGAAGUUGAAUAUGAUCGCUGGUGGCACCGGUAUCACUCCCAUGCUGCAGCUGAUCCGCCAUAUCUGCAGCGACGUCAACGACCACACGGAACUCCGGCUGCUGUUCGCCAACCAGACUGAGGAGGACAUCCUGUUGAGGAACGAGCUUGAGAACUACGCUAACAACUACCCUAACCAGUUCAAGCUGUGGUACACCAUUGAUAGGGCUGACCCAGGGUGGAAAUACAGAACGGGAUUCAUAAACGACGAAAUGAUCGGCGCACACAUGUUCCCUGCGGGCGAAGACACGCUGGUGCUGAUGUGCGGGCCGCCGCCCAUGAUCAACUUCGCCUGCACGCCGGCGCUCGAGAAGCUCGGCUUCAAGGAACACCUGCGCUUCGCCUAUUAACUACUAAUUCAAUCACGUAAGCCUAGACAUUUGUGUAGGUCCGACAAGAAAGUGUAUUGAUGGCGCCGCUGAGCGUAAGCACUAAACAUUGUACAGUCGGCAAAGCUAUUAGCUUAUAUACCUACAUUACAUUUGUUUUGUAUGCAUGGUUGCUAAGCUAAUAAUUAAGCUGAAUAUUUGUGACCUAUGUUGCAUUCGCGUGAUAGUGGUAAUACUUACCUCAUUUUUAGUGUUCCGUACAAAACUUUGUUCACGGAACACUAUUGUAAUACAUCUCAUUGCAACAUAAGUGCAACUGGGUGUUUGUCAUAAUGAAAAUUCAACACAAUUUUGUGUUGCCAGGUAUUAAAUACUUUACUUUCAAUUUAUUUAAUUUCUACCCUUUUUUGUCGAACUGUGCCGCUUGCCUCAGGCGCUUCCGGCCCGAAUUAGGCGUGAUUCCAUUACAUACUGUGGUGUUAAAGAAACCUAACAGGUAGUUUUAUAAAGGCCUGUGUAAUAAAGGCGACAGUCUAUCAACUCUAUCAUAACGGCUGCUAGAAAGAGGCUCUCGUUUGUAUUGUAUUACAGAUUAAGCUCUUUAUAUAACGGCCCAUGUUAUAGACUAGACAAAAAAAUUCAAAAUCGCUCUCCUUCUUGAUGCGACUGGCAAAUCAUAUUACUUUUUGGCAACCGGGUUUUUUAACCUAAUUAGACCCCGCUGAAUCCGAAUUUGCCGGUUGCUCGAUCGAAAUCUUGACCGGAAGUGAGAUAUUUGACAUUAAAGGUCCUUUUUUUUCGUUUUUCGUAAAUAACUCUUAAACGGUGGCGCAUAGCAAAAAAUGUUCUAUUACAUAAGUAAUCUACAUAAAAUUGCCUACAAGAAAGAUUCAGUACAAUUUUUCGCUAGGAUCAAUAUUCAAAGAGAUUUCAACGCGGGAAAUUUAAUUAUAAUCACUUCUUAGGUCCCGUUUUUUAGGUUUUCGUAAAUAACUCAUAAACGGUGGCCAAUAUCAAAAAAUGUUGUUAGACUUUAAUAAUCUACACAAAAUUUUGAAUAAAAAAGAUUCAGUACACUUUUCGCAGGGAUCAAUAUUUAAAAAGAUAAUAAAGAGGGAAAGUUAAUUAUAAUAAAUUCUAAGGUUCCUUGUUUUUAUUUUUUCGUUAAUAAUUUGAAAAGUAUGACUCAUAGCAAAAAAAAUCUUAUACAUAAAUAAUAAACGUAAAAUUUCCUACAAGAAACACAUAGAACACUUUUCGCUAGGACCAAUAUUUAAAAAGACAAAGCAGCGGGUAAGUUAAUUAUAAUCAAUUUUAAAGUCCCUUUUUAGUUUUUUGUAAAUAACUCGUAAACGGUGUCCCAUAGCAAAAUAAGUUUUUAAAAACAAAUUAUCUACAUAAAAUUUCCUCCAAAAAACAUCUAGAACACUUUUCUCUAGGAUCAAUAUUUCAAGCGAUAAUAAAGGAAGAAAGUUAAUUACAAUCAGUUCACAGGUCACUUUUUUUAGUUUUUCGUUAAUAGCUCGUAAACGGUGGCCCGUUGCAAAACAAUGUUCUACAUAAAUACUAAACAUAAAAUUGUCCACAAAAAAGGUUCUGUACACUUUUUCGCUACGAUCAAUAUUUAAAGAGGUAUUAAAGGGGGUAAGUUAAUUAUAUUCAAUUUCCAGGUCCCUAUUUUUAGGUUGUCGUCUAUAUAGGUAAAUAACUAUUUUAUUUUAUUUUAUUUUAAAAAUGUAGACCCAGUAGUUUCGGAGAUAAAGGGGGGGGGGGAUGGUCAUUUUUUGUAUUUUAAUGUUUUAUUUUAUCUCCGAAACUAUUGGAUCUAAAAUUUUGAAAAAAUAUACAGAAUAGAACCUCUAUAGAUGACAGGAAAACCUAUUAGAAUUAUGCAGUCAAGCGCGAGUCGGGCAUUACUUAGUUUUUGAACCGAUCCCGACAGGUUUUUUAAAGGCAAUCACUCGCGUUUCACAUAUACAAAAUACAUUGUUAUUAAUAAUUGGGUAAUGUACGGAACCCUUGCAACGCGAAUCCGACUCGCGCUUGGCCGGUUUAUUUUCAUUUUGAGGUACGGAACCCUAAAAAGAGAAAAGUGUUCCAUAUGUUUUUCGUAGAAAAUUUUAUAUCGAUUAUUUAUUUACAAGAACAUUAAGAACUUAUUUUGCUAUGAGCCUUAUUUUACGAGUCAUUUACGAAAACCUAAAAAUAGGGACCUGGAAAUUGAUUAUAAUUAACUUACCCCCUUUAAUACCUCUUUAAGGGCCAGUUGCACCAACCGUAUUUGACAGACUGGUCAAAGUCAGCCGGCGCGCCCCGGCGCUUUACUAUGAAACUUUCCAUACAUAAAAAUUUAGCGAACUCUUUAACGAUACGAACAGUUUGGUGCAACCGACCCUAAAUAUUGAUCGUAGCGAAAAAGUGUACAGAACCUUUUUUGUGGACAAUUUUAUGUUUAGUAUUUAUGUAGAAUAUUGUUUUGCAACGGGCCACCGUUUACAAGUUAUUUAUGAAACUCUAAAAAAAAGUGACCUGUGAACUGAUUGUAAUUAACUUUCUUCCUUUAAUAUCGCUUGAAAUAUUGAUCCUAGAGAAAAGUGUUCUAGAUGUUUUUUGGAGGAAAUUUUAUGUAGAUAAUUUGUUCUUAAAAACCUAUUUUGCUAUGGGACACCGUUUACGAGUUAUUUACAAAAAACUAAAAAGGGACUUUAAAAUUGAUUAUAAUUAACUUACCCGCUGCUUUGCCUUUUUAAAUAUUGGUCCUAGCGAAAAGUGUUCUAUAUGUUUCUUGUAGGAAAUUUUACGUUUAUUAUUUAUGUAUAAGAUUUUUUUUGCUAUGAGUCAUACUUUUCAAAUUAUUAACGAAAAAAUAAAAACAAGGAACCUUAGAAUUUAUUAUAAUGAACUUUCCCUCUUUAUUAUCUUUUUAAAUAUUGAUCCCUGCGAAAAGUGUACUGAAUCUUUUUUAUUUAAAAUUUUGUGUAGAUUAUUAAAGUCUAACAACAUUUUUUGAUAUUGGCCACCGUUUAUGAGUUAUUUACGAAAACCUAAAAAACGGGACCUAUGAAGUGAUUAUAAUUAAAUUUCCCGCGUUGAAAUCUCUUUGAAUAUUGAUCCUAGCGAAAAAUUGUACCGAAUGUUUCUUGUAGGCAAUUUUAUGCAGAUUACUUAUGUAAUAGAACAUUUUUUGCUAUGCGCCACCGUUUAAGAGUUAUUUACGAAAAACGAAAAAAAGGGACCUUUAAUGUCAAAUAUCUCACUUCCGGUCACGAAUUCGAUCAAGCAACCGGCAAAUUCGGAUUCAGCGAGGUCUAAUUAGGUUAAAAAACCCGGUUGCCAAAAAGUAAUAUGCUUUGCCAGUCGAAAUCGUUUUUAUGAAAAAUAUGACCAGUCUAUUAGUCGCAAUAUGUGCAAUCGGAUAUAUUGUUAAUAUUUAUAUGUGAUGAGUUAGUAUGUACAGUCGCCAUCAGAUGUAUCGGAGCGGACAAGGUGUUCACAAUAUCUGAACACGCACUUUAACGCCUUGACAAUAGAGGCGUGUUCAGAUAUUUGUGAGCGCCUUGACGUGACAAUCGCCAUCGGAUAUAUCGGAGCGGUUCCGAUAUAUCCGAUGGCGAUUGUACAAUCGGCAAAACUCUUCUGCGUCCAUGUUUGCAAGGAAGUUUGUGGUGGUUACUUCUAUCUGUAACCAUAAUAUUAUGACGAACAAUAUUUUGUGAACUCUUGCCAUUCAUAAAAAACAAAGCAUUUAAAUGAAAAUGAAAAAACAAAGCAUUUUUCUAGAGGGUUGUAGGGAUACCGUUAAUGUCUUUUAUCUUGAAGACGGUUUCGUAUUUUUGGAAAAAUUGUUAUGGCCGGUCAAACAACUUUGUCAGUUGGAAAAGGCGCGAAUUUCUAAUUUACUAUGGAACGAUUACCCUUCGCGCCUAAUUGUUUUUAAAUUUGCCGCUUUUUUCUACUGACGGAAAUGGCUUGACUGACUAUAUAUAUUAACAUUAAGCAUAAAAGAGGUGAAUGAGAAUUAUUCAAUGUUGUUAUCUGUUUAUAUGUAUAGUGCGUUUUUAUUGCUUUCGUAGUUUAUACUCUGGACUGGUUUUUAGAAAAUAUAAAUACUAGUUUACUA